AUGAUCGGCCUUUGGCUAGAAGAACAUGAAGAACAUGAAGGACAUGAAGAGCAUGAAGAGCAUGAAGAGCAUGAAGAGCAUGAAGAGCAUGAAGAGCAUGAAGAGCAUGAAGAGCAUGAAGAGCUUGAAGAGCAUGAAGAGCAUGAAGAGCAUGAAGAGCAUGAAGAGCAUGAAGAGCAUGAAGAGCAUGAAGAGCAUGAAGAGCAUGAAGAGCAUGAAGAGCGUGAAGAGCGUGAAGAGCGUGAAGAGCGUGAAGAGCGUGAAGAGCAUGCAGAGCAUGAAGAGCAUGAAGAGCAUGAAGAGCAUGAAGAGCAUGAAGAGCAUGAAGAGCAUGAAGAGCAUGAAGAGCAUGAAGAGCAUGAAGAGCAUGAAGAGCAUGAAGAGCAUGAAGAGCAUGAAGAGCAUGAAGAGCAUGAAGAGCAUGAAGAGCAUGAAGAGCAUGAAGAGCAUGAAGAGCAUGAAGAGCAUGAAGAGCAUGAAGAGCAUGAAGAGCAUGAAGAGCAUGAAGAGCAUGAAGAGCAUGAAGAGCAUGAAGAGCAUGAAGACCAUGAAGACCAUGAAGAGCAUGAAGAGCAUGAAGAACAUGAAGAACACGAAGAACAUGAAGAACGUGAACGUGAACAAGAACACUAUCGUUUAAAAUGA